AUGGCACCCACUGCUGCCGCAAAUUCGAAAGGUUCAAACGGCAACAACUCCGACCACAAACGAACAAACAAGCGCGCGCCGCCGAGCCGCGUUUCCCAAUGCUAUAACAUCACGCCGGCCAUAUUUCGCACCGAUACAAGCUGCUUCGCCGGGCUGGGCAGCCUGUCGCGCUCAUUUUCUCACAGUCGCUCGGUAUACAGGGAGCUCCAGAAGCAUGGCCAACAUCCAGAUGCAGCCCAGAAGCAGGUGGCAGAACCUGAGCAUGACCCGGAACAUGAUUUUCAAAAGAGCGAGAGGGCUGCUCAGGCUGCCCAGGUCAACCUGAGUGCCAAAUUGUCUAAAGAAGGAAAGGGUUCUGGCAAGGCAGGUUUCGAUGAAGUCUGGAGGUUGAUCAAGAUUGCACGUCCCGAACUCAAAUGGCUAGCCGUGGCCAUUGUCUUCCUGGACCCCGCCGAGGACGCUCGCCUCUUCGGUCUGACCCUUCCGCAUUUCUUCAUUGGUCUCGGCACUAUAUUAACGAUUGGCGCCAUGGCCAACUUUGGCCGUAUCAUACUUCUUCGCAUCAUUGGCGAGAGGGUUGUUGCCCGCCUGAGGUCGCAGCUGUACAGAAGAACCUACGUUCAGGACGCUGAAUUCUUCGACGCCAACCGCGUGGGAGAUCUGAUCUCCCGGCUCAGCUCUGAUACCGUCGUGGUGGGCAAGUCCAUUACCCAGAAUAUCAGCGAUGGCCUGCGCUCCUUGUUCAGUGGCGGAGCAGGCUUCAUUGCCAUGAUUUGGCUCAGCCCUGGUCUCACAGGUCUCCUCCUCGUCAUGCUGCCUCCCGUUGCCGUUGGCGCCUUCUUCUAUGGUCGCGCCAUCAGAAACGUCAGCAAGGGUAUUCAGAAGAAUCUCGGCACACUUACCAAGAUUGCUGAAGAGCGAUUGGGCAACGUCAAGACCAGUCAGGCUUUCGUUGGCGAAGUUCAGGAGAUCAACCGCUACAACAAGCAGGUGCGCCGGAUAUUCGCUCUCGGUCGCAAGGAAUCGACGAUUGCAGCGACAUUCUUUGCCACGACUGGCUGGGCCGGGAACAUGACAAUCCUAGCUAUGCUUAUUGUUGGUGGCAACUACGUCCGAACGGGAGCAAUGUCGGUUGGAGAUCUGACUUCAUUCAUGAUGUACACUGCGUUUGCUGGUUCCAGUCUCUUCGGUCUGUCAUCCUUCUACUCUGAGCUGAUGAAGGGUGUCGGAGCCGCAAGUCGUCUCUUUGAACUGCAGGACAGACACCCUUCCAUUUCUCAGACGGUGGGCAGUAAGGUUGAGUCGGCACAAGGCGUCAUCAAGUUCAACAACCUCUCUUUCGCCUACCCCACCAGACCCGCCGUCAAUGUCUUCAACGGUUUGAAUUUUGAGAUUCCUUCGGGCUCAAAUGUUUGCGUUGUUGGUCCCUCUGGUGGUGGCAAGUCCACUGUCGCCAGCCUGCUUCUGCGCUUCUACAGUCCCACUGCAGGCUCCAUCACAAUCAACGGCGUCGACAUUUCUCAAAUGAAUAUCAAAUCGUUGCGGCGGCGCAUAGGCAUGGUGGCUCAGGAACCUGUUCUUUUCUCUGGCACCAUCGCCGAGAACAUUGCGUAUGGAAAACCCGAGGCAACCAGGGCCCAGAUUAAGCAGCGCAUUGCCAUCGCCCGGGCCCUGAUCAAGGAUCCGGACAUUCUCAUCCUAGACGAGGCCACCUCCGCACUCGACGCCGAGUCCGAGACGCUCGUCAAUGCUGCGCUGGCAUCACUCUUGCGUGGCAGGAACACCACCAUCUCCAUCGCGCAUCGCUUGUCGACCAUCAAACGAUCAGAUCUCAUCAUUGUACUAUCAAAUGAGGGUAGAGUUGCUGAGAUUGGCAAGUACACAGACUUGUCGGCUGACCCGAACAGCGCAUUCAGCAAGCUGAUGGAGUGGCAAAUGAGUGGAGGAGAUCUUCUUGAGCCGGUCCGGCCGAGCGAGCAAGCUCGUAUCACGGAGCAGGACGAGAUUGAAGAUGAUCUGGAGCAUGGCGAGGCCGAGAACGCCGAGGCAACUACUGAGGAGGUGAAGAAGAACAAGACGUAA